UUUUUUUCGAGCUUUCAUUUUAUUAACGAUACGCUUCCUGAUUCUGAAUCGCGCAGACGGGACUCGACACAGGCUUCGCGCGGCACAGGCAUUUACAGGCAUCUCGCGCGGAACAGUUUGUUUAACUAUGGAUAUUUUGCCGAAGAGGAGAGAACAGAUUUUACAGUCUGUUUUCAACCUCAUCUCUACAGUUGUUGAUGGAUCUCAGGAACAUUCACGUGACACAUUUCUAGAAAUUGUACAGUGCAUUAAUGAACUCUUUCAAAAUUUCCCAAAACAUGCCUAUAACAAUUCCAAUUUAACAAAUGAGGAUAGAAAAUAUGUGGAAAUAAAGCUUCAACAAAUCGAUAUUACUAAAAAUCAAAAUCAGUUUGGGUUUGCUGUAAUUAUAGACAUUAAUAAUGAUACAGUAGAGUAUACUGAGUUUGUUAAACCUAAGGAAAAAGAAGGUAACAUUGAUCGCCAUACACAGGAGACAAAAUAUCAUUGUGAAGAAAUUAUAAUCCAACAGAUUAAAGAAAAGAUUAAGAAUAGAUAUGGACUAAAAAUAAUUAUCUUCACUUAUUACAGCCCCUGCCUUUUUAAAAAGGGGGGUGUAUCUUGUAUGAGUAUGUUAACUACAGCUGCAGAUGAUUGGAAACCUCAUAACAUAUCCACAACAGUUAUAUUUAAAGAAUAUUAUCAUCUUCAACAUUCAAUAACAAGAUUUAUUUCCAGUCUUAAUGCUGGAAAUUUAAAAGCCAUCUCUAGCUGUUCUGAUUACCGUGCAUAUGAAACAGAGGUAAGUAUACAACAUUUACCAAAGGUUGAGGAAGUUUUAUUUGUAUUAGUGAAGAAAAUUCUUAAUCUGGAUAGGAUAUUGCCAGUACAGAAGCCACUUAAAAUAGAGUGGAUAAAAAACAGAGGAACUUUGAUGAAGAAAAUUGACUCACCUGUAAAGAAGUUCUUUAUUACGUGUUUGGACAAAGACCUACAAAACUUACAAAUGUUUCCUCAAACUUUGAAUGAGUAUUAUAACCUAAUUCAACCAUUCCAUGAGUUAAAAGGUUUUUGGGUAAUGAUUUGCGAUGCAAUGUAUACAAAACAUUGCAAAGACAUAUUUAUUCAAUAUUAUAACAAGGCAAUUUUUAAUAUUUAUAAGUCAAAUGCUUUACAUGAAAAAUCUUUGCUGAUUUCAUGCUUACAAAAUGUGGACGACCACUUUUAACAACAAUUAAAAAAAUUAAAAAACAAUAAAAAAAACAUGGCUACGGGAGGAGAUCUUCGGGACCAAGAUAAUGGAUUACAACUGAGCACGAAAAACGCUUUGCCGUGCUGUGAUCAUGUAUUCAGAAACCUAUUUCGAUUUUGUUCAACUCGAUGAUGUUUGGAGAUAUUUCACUUUACUGUUGGCCAGAUGUUAUACUGGAACCCAGGACUAUUAACAGCACUACGUCAUUGCACUAUUUUAAACAUGUAAUUAACAAGAAUUCAAGCACAACAAGCUACUUUUUUGAAUUCUAGAUUUUCAGUGUAACAAAAUAUUACAGAUUUUUGUAUAUUAUUUGAAUUAGCUAUAAUUCAAAUAAGAUUUGUAUUACAGUUUGUCAAUAAACAGUAAAGCUAUGGAACCAGUUAUAAAUGCAAAAACGCAUGGACUGUCUGCUCCCUCCUGAGACUUUGACACAUUUUCUUUUACAUAAGUUUACAAUAAAACUAUGUUUUAUGUUCUAUUGUUAAU